AUUGUGGCAAAAAUUUGAAAUCAAGCGCUCUGAGUCUCUGAAGUACCUAGGCAGGUCCUAGGUAGGUAACUAGGAGAGGUAAGCUUUGCAGGCGCAGCUUUGAGGUACUUUCGCCGCCUGCUUUCAAUAGUUUCUCUCAAAAGGCUCUUCAGGAUCCAACGCUCUCUCUGCUUCAAAUCAGAGUUUGUGUGGACACUAGCAGUAUCAAUUACUAGCAGAAGAGCUGCCGGCGACUCAGAAGUGGAGGGUGAAGCAGCGGUAGUCUCGAAGAUGGGUCCACGGAAGAGCACAACGCCAAAGAAGUUGCCUAUGCCUGAGCCACUGGAAGAGGACAAACAGCCACCUGCGGGAGAGUCUGAUGAGGAGUAUGAUGGGGAUGAGAGCAGCGAGGAGGAGAAAGAGGAGGAGCUGGAUUUUGCUAGCGCGUUGAGGAUGGUCCAAGCAACCAAGCACAAGGCUUGGCUAGAGUCCAAAUCUGCAAACAAGAAGAAGCGAAAGGCGGACCCAGCUGCCAAAGCUAGCACGACAACCAAGGAGGUCAAGAAAUCAAAGGUCAAGCUCUACACUGUUGAGGAGCUCGCAAAUGAAUACUAUGCUUACCAAGAGGAUGAUGACGUUGGCCCUGAGAAGGUCACCAAGGCUGCUCUAACGAAACGGAUGAACAUUGAGGGGGACGCGAGCAACCGCGUGCAGGCGGCUGAAAAGCACAAGUUUGGCGUUGAGGAGGUAGAAGGCAAGACCAAGAACCCGCAAAUACAUGUCAAAUACAAAGGUCUUCGGAAAGAGCUCGAGGAGCGAUUGCAGCUGCUGACGAAAGAUGACGUAGCAACUGUCAUCAGGAACGUCGCGAACAGGGGGUCCUCCUCUCGGCGACAGGGUAAAUCUAAGCAUCUGCUGGAACCCCUGGCCAUGGCUAAACGGAGCCCGACUCUCUUCUGGAACGCUGUGCACCAUUACGGAUCAGCACAAGAUGCUGUUAAGGAGGCUGUGCCGAGCUGACCUGAACGUCCCAAAACCUCUGCUUGUCUUGCACCCUAGGAUAUCUCUAUGCGUUUCCGCUUUCAAUUCACUGAACAGACUGUCUGUCUAGCAACAAGAGGUUUAUCAGAGGUAAGGUGUACAGCCCUGUACAUAACUAGGAACCCGGGUUCUCCAAGCUGGAGCUAGCAUAGCCGAGUAGGUAGCGCCACAAUAGCUGGUCCAGGUAUGCGUCCAUGAGUUGUCCAAUUUACCUAACCUUUCGUUUGACUCAGUGAAGGCUUCCCUUCACUUGCCAGCACUGACUCUGGAUAUAUGUUUGCAGGCGCUUGUAACCUCUGCAUCCAACUUGCAAACUCCUGGGCCCUGCGGCAUACUAAUGUUGCUGAGCUGUUCGCCGGUCUUAGUUUAGCCGGUCAAAACAAGCAGAUUAAUCAUAAAUCUAAUCAUGCGUGCAGAUUUAGUGCAAUAUGACGUGCUCUCGCACGAUACGGAUGAUAGGCUCCGACAUCACCGUUGUACGCUAUACAGAAUGUUCGCAUGCAAGCCUGAGACAUAUGACACUUGAUGCCAGCAAUGACUGAGUCGCCCACGACCCUUAUGC